AUGUAGUUGUCAAAAUAAGAAGCAAUACUAAAGGAAUUAUUUGAAGAUGAUUAUUUUACUCAAAUAAUUGCACAUCCUUCUGUACAAUCACCAUAUGAAGAAUUAACAUGUGCUAUUUGUUAUAAUCUCUUUGAUAUUCCAAUCAUUUUACCAGAUUGUAAACAUACAUUUUGCAGAGACUGUCUUGAUGAAUGGGUUAGUAAAUAAGCAAUGAAUUGUCCUCUUUGUAGAAUAGAUGUUUCACAUUAUUUAAGUAUUCAUAUCUAUAAGAUUAUUAAAGCAAAUAAAUAAUUGAAAUUUAGUCUUAUUGAUUUUAAUACUAUGUUUUUGAUUGAUAACAUUGAAGUUAAAUGUCCUAAUUGUAAUUGGAAAGGUAAAACUAAAGAUCUUAAACUUCAUUAAUAAAAAUAUUGUAAUCUUAUGUCAUGUCCAUUAAAUUGUAAUUUAAAAUUCACCUCAUAAGAACUUGAAUUUCAUAAAGAUAUUUGUCAAUAUAGAAUUAUUAAAUGUCCAUAAUAUUGUGGUGAAGAAUUUGAGGCUCAUAAAAUAUUUAAUCAUCUCUAAAACUGUAUGUACACUUAUAAAGAAUGCAAUAAAUGUAAUUGUAUUUUAUAAGGUAUAAAAAUGUUGAAUCAUAAUUGUAAUAUUGAUUCUUGUAGAAAUUCUUAAUUUGGAUGUAAAAAAUAAGAAUUGCAUUCAAAUUGUGAUUUUGAAUUAAAUUAUUGUAAGAAUUGUUACCAUUUCUUAAUGAAUAAAGAUUUGUAGACUCAUACAUGUUAAAUUUAGAAUACCAUAUAAGAAGUUUUAAAAUCCUAUUAAAAUCAAUUGCUAGAAUCUUUAUAACCAGUUAAACAUGAUCUUAAACUAUUAGAAAAUGCAAUGAAAAAAUGUCAAUAAGAGUCAAUAUUAUUAUUAGAUGUACCAGCUGAUAAAGUAAAUAUUGUUGAAAUAUUAUAAUAAUUUGGACCAAUUUAAAAUAUGAAAUAAUAUCUGAACUUCCCUAAUCUUGACUAAAAGAAAGUAGCUGUUAGAUAUUUCAAUGUAAAUUCUGCACUUUGUUGUAAGAAAUAUAUUAAAAUAUUUGGAAUAACAACUUAAUCUUUGGAAAUAGGAUAAAAAUAAAUUAAACAAUUACCAAAAUAAAAAAUUUCAUGA